AUGAAAAGAGAUUUGAUUUUACGAAAAAUGGGAAUAAUCAGCACAAUAUUGGGUGCGAUUGGUUUCGGAUUCGGAACGACGAUCGGAAUCGUUUUUGGUUACUACCUGUUCAUCUAUUUCCAGUCAAGUGAUGAUCCUGAGACAAAGCCACUGGUGGAGUUAGAUUCAGAGACUAUAACAAAAAUGUUCCCUGAAAUACCUUUGUGGGUGAAAAAUCCUGAUUUUGAUCGUAUUGAUUGGCUUAACAAGCUCAUUGGCCAUAUGUGGCCUUACAUGGACAAGGCUAUUUGUAAGAUGGCCAAGUCGAUUGCAAAACCCAUUAUUGCUGAGCAAAUCCCAAACUACAAAAUCGAUUCGGUUGAAUUUGAAAUGCUCACUUUGGGUUCAUUACCACCAACUUUCCAAGGUAUGAAAGUUUACGCAACUGAUGACAAAGAAAUCAUUAUGGAGUUGUCAGUGAAGUGGGCAGGGAACCCUAAUAUCAUUGUUGCAGCCAAAGCAUUUGGGUUAAAAGCCACUGUUCAGGUUGUUGAUUUGCAAGUUUAUGCUACUCCAAGAAUCACUCUGAAGCCAUUAGUCCCAUCUUUCCCCUGUUUUGCCAACAUAUUUGUCUCUCUUAUGGAUAAGCCACAAGUAGAUUUUGGACUGAAGUUACUAGGUGCAGAUGUAAUGGCGAUUCCUGGCUUAUACCGAUUUGUCCAGGAACUCAUUAAAGAUCAGGUUGCAAACAUGUACUUGUGGCCAAAGACUUUGAAUGUACAGAUAAUGGAUCCUUCCAAAGCAAUGAAGAAGCCUGUUGGAUUGCUUAGUGUGAAGGUCAUAAAGGCAAUAAAGCUCAAGAAGAAAGAUCUUCUCGGUGGAUCAGACCCUUAUGUGAAACUAACACUCUCUGGAGACAAAGUUCCUGGUAAGAAGACAGUUGUUAAACACAGCAACCUGAAUCCUGAGUGGAACGAAGAAUUCGAUUUGGUUGUCAAAGAUCCAGAGAGCCAAGAGUUGCAGCUCAUUGUUUAUGAUUGGGAACAGGUUGGUAAACAUGAUAAGAUAGGAAUGAAUGUGAUUCCGAUCAAAGACCUAACACCAGAGGAACCAAAACUCAUGACGCUUGAGCUCGUAAAAUCCAUGGAACCAAACGAGCCAGUUAGCGAGAAAUCGCGUGGACAGCUCGUUGUUGAAGUCCAAUAUAAACCUUUUAAAGAAGAUGAUAUUCCAGACAACGUUGAUGAUCCAAAUGCAGUUGAGAAAGCACCAGAGGGUACACCUUCUGGUGGUGGUUUACUUGUGGUGAUUGUUCACGAAGCUGAAGAUUUAGAAGGCAAAUAUCACACAAAUCCUUCUGUUCGUUUGAUGUUCAAAGGUGAAGAACGUAAAACCAAGCGUGUGAAGAAAAACAGAGAGCCAAGAUGGGAUGAAGAUUUUCAGUUUCCAUUGGAUGAGCCUCCCAUAAACGAUAAACUUCACGUUGAGGUCAUAAGUACUUCUUCACGUUUAAUUCAUCCUAAGGAAACUCUUGGGUACGUGGUGAUUAAUCUUGGCGAUGUUGUGAGUAAUCGAAGAAUCAACGAUAAGUAUCAUCUGAUUGAUUCUAAGAAUGGUCGGAUUCAGAUUGAGCUUCAGUGGAGAACUUCUUAA